AUUGUAGCUCUUGAAAAGCGGCCGACAGAGGUGUGAAAUCCGUGUUGUUCGCGAAAAGAUUGCAAUUUGCACCGGUAAAUCCGUAUCGGUCGUGACCGAAACUAUCGCCAAAAGUGAGUGCACGUUCCGGUGAAUCGAGUGAGCCCAUCAUCAGGCCGGAAACCAUGGCGUCCGAGGAGGAAAUUGACGAAUCUAUUGCCGAGGAGGAGGCAGGCGUAGACGAGACGGGUGCUGACACCUCUCUGGCUGCGGAGGAGAACUCUGAAGACGAAGCGCUGAAGACCGUAGCGCAAGCGCAGGACGAAGACGAAGACUACGAGCCGGAAGACAACCGCAGCAAGAAGAGCAAGAAGGGUAAGAAGCGCAAGGCGCGUGGAGAAGAGAAGAGCAAGGGUCGCAAGAAGAAGAAGCGAAAGAAGAACGACAGUGGAGACGAGAGCGAAGUCCGGCAGAGUGACGAUGGAGGAGCCGUCGCUGCGGAUUCGGAUUACGAGAGGCCCAAGCGAAGCUCUCGCGACAAGAAGAAGGGCAAGGACGAGAAGAAGGAAGACAAAAAGGGCGACGCCGAUUACAACAUGCCGUCGAUCGAGGAGGUUUGCAGUACGUUCAAUCUGACCGAUGUCAAGAUCGAGUACAGCGAGGAGGAUUAUGACAACUUGGUAACUUACAAGGCGUUCCUACAGCAUGUUAGGCCGAUCUUGCAGAAGGAGAACCCGAAGGCUCCGAUGUCAAAGCUAAUGAUGUUGAUUCCGCCCAAGUGGCGAGAGUUCAGCGAAGAGAAUCCAAAUCUCCAGAACGAGGAAGCAGAGGAAAAGGAAGAAGAGGAGCCACCGCCAUCGCCAGAAUAUGUUCCAAAGUCUAGUCGUUCGAGGGCUAAGAUCGAAAAGAGAGAUGAGGAUAUGAUCUACGAUGACGAUGACGAUGAUGAAGAGGAACUGGAGAGGGAGAGGAGCAAGAAGAAGAGCAAAAAGGGUGCUUCAAGUGCUAAAAAGGGCAAGAAGCCAAAGGUACCGACACUGAAGAUCAAAUUCGGCAGGAAGAAGAACGCCAGCUCCGACGAAGAUCCGGAUGCCAGCAACGGUUCGGAACGGGACUCGGAUGCCGAGUUCGAAAAGAUGCUCCAACAGUCGGAGGAAAAAGCGGAUAAGGAAAAGGAUAAACCAGAAAACGACUCCACUGCUCAAGCGGAAGGGGCUGAUCCUCCGGUUCGCAAGAAGGCCAAAACUAAGAUCGGAAACAAAUCCAAGAAGAAGGGUCGUUCGAAGAAGAGAGCAGAGGGCGAGGAUGGAGAAUUCGAGCAUCAGGAUUACUGCGAAGUCUGCCAGCAGGGAGGCGAAAUCAUCCUUUGCGAUACUUGCCCGAAAGCGUACCAUCUGGUAUGUUUAGAUCCAGAACUGGAAGACACUCCGGAGGGCAAAUGGUCCUGCCCGACUUGCGAGGCCGAAGGGCCGGCAGAUGAUGACGAUGACGAACAUCAGGAGUUCUGCCGGGUCUGCAAGGACGGUGGAGAGAUGCUUUGUUGCGACAGUUGCCCAUCCGCUUAUCAUACGUUCUGUUUGACACCGCCUCUGGACGACAUUCCCGACGGUGACUGGCGUUGUCCACGUUGCAGUUGUCCUCCUAUUCCCUACAAGGUUCAGAAGAUUCUUACCUGGCGUUGGACCGAUAAACCGAUCGAUCUUAACGAACCGUCAACUUCGAAGGCAGUACCAUCCCGCCGUAGGGAGUACUUUGUCAAAUUCGCCGACAUGUCCUACUGGCACUGUGAUUGGGUCACGGAACUGCAGUUGGAUGUCUUCCAUCCACUGAUGUACCGUUUCUACAUACGGAAGUACGACAUGGAAGAACCUCCGAAGCUCGAGGAAAUGCUGGACGAGGAGGAUGGCCGUUACAAGCGUAUUCUCAAGAUGCGUGAAAGUGACCGCGACGAUACGGAACUGGAGGAGAAGUUCUACAAGUAUGGUGUCAAACCGGAAUGGCUGAUGGUCAAUCGGGUCAUCAAUCAUCGGACCAUGCGCGAUGGGCGAACACUGUACUUUGUCAAAUGGCGUGAACUGUCCUACGAUCAAGCCACUUGGGAAGAGGAUGACGACGAAAUUCCAGGAUUAAAGACGUUUGUCGAGUAUUAUCUGGAUCUGCGCGCAAAUUGCAACAACGAAAUGAACAGCAGUGUCAGUAGCAAAAAGAACAAGAAGAAGGGCCGCAAAUCGAGAACCAAAGAGCUAGAGGACGAUGAUCGUAUAGGACCGAGGCGUUACACGCCCCCACCAGAUAAACCGACGACGGAUCUGAAGCGGAAGUACGAAGUGCAACCGUCGUAUUUGGACGACACUGGCAUGAGGCUGCAUCCGUAUCAGCUGGAAGGUAUCAACUGGUUGCGUUACUCCUGGGCCAAUGAAACCGAUACCAUUCUGGCCGAUGAGAUGGGUCUGGGUAAAACCAUUCAAACGGCGACCUUCCUCUAUUCGCUGUACAAGGAAGGUCACUGCCGGGGACCUUUCCUGGUGGCGGUCCCGCUCUCUACGAUCAUCAACUGGGAACGUGAGUUAGAGACGUGGGCUCCCGAUCUCUACUGUAUCACCUACGUCGGAGACAAGGACUCGCGAGCGAUCAUCCGAGAACACGAACUGUCAUUCGAGGAGGGUGCUGUCCGAGGUGGACGAGCCUCCAAGAUUCGAGCCAGCACGCUCAAGUUCAACGUGCUGUUGACGAGCUACGAAAUGGUGUCGUUCGAUGCCGCUUGUCUUGGUUCGAUCGACUGGGCCGCACUGGUAGUCGACGAAGCGCAUCGUUUGAAAUCCAAUCAGAGCAAGUUCUUCAAAACGCUUUCGAACUACAACAUCAACUACAAGCUGCUGCUGACGGGUACACCGCUGCAGAACAACCUGGAGGAGUUGUUCCAUUUGCUGAACUUCUUGAACAAGAACAAGUUCAACGACUUGAGUACGUUCCAGGCGGAGUUCGCCGAUAUCAACAAGGAGGAUCAGGUAAAAAAAUUGCACGAAAUGUUGGGUCCGCACAUGCUGCGUCGUCUCAAGGCGGACGUCCUGAAGAACAUGCCCACCAAGUCGGAGUUCAUCGUCCGUGUCGAGCUGUCCCCACUGCAGAAGAAGUACUACAAGUACAUCCUGACCCGUAACUUCGAAGCCCUGAACCCGAGGGGCGGCGGCGGUGCAUGCUCGCUGAUCAACAUCAUGAUGGAUCUGAAGAAGUGCUGUAACCACCCGUAUCUGUUUCCAGCGGCUGCCGAGGAGGCUCCCCUCGGUCCCGGUGGAAGCUACGAAAACCAAGCACUGACCAAAGCUGCCGGAAAGUUGGUCCUGCUGGAGAAGAUGCUGAGGCUGUUGAAGGAACAAGGACAUCGUGUGUUGAUCUUUUCGCAAAUGACAAAGAUGUUGGACAUUAUGGAGGACUUCUUGGAAGGAUUUGGGUACAAGUACGAGCGUAUCGAUGGUGGCAUCACAGGAACGUUGCGCCAGGAAGCGAUUGACAGGUUCAAUGCUCCGGGUGCUCAGCAGUUCUGUUUCUUACUGUCCACCAAAGCCGGAGGUUUGGGUAUCAACUUGGCAACGGCUGAUACAGUCAUCAUCUACGAUUCGGAUUGGAACCCUCACAAUGAUAUUCAGGCGUUUUCACGUGCUCAUCGUAUUGGUCAAGCGAACAAGGUUAUGAUCUAUCGAUUUGUGACGAGGAAUUCCGUGGAGGAGCGAGUGACGCAGGUUGCCAAGAGGAAGAUGAUGUUGACCCAUUUAGUGGUACGACCAGGAAUGGGUGGAAAGGGAACCAACUUCACCAAACAGGAGUUGGAUGAUAUUCUUCGCUUCGGUACGGAGGAGUUGUUCAAAGAAGAUGGAAAGGACGAAGAAGCUAUCCAUUACGAUGACAAGGCUGUCGCAGAGCUGCUGGAUCGUUCCAACAAAGGUGUGGAAGAGAAGGAAAACUGGGCGAACGAGUAUCUGUCGUCGUUCAAGGUCGCUUCCUAUUCGACGAAGGAAGACGUGGAGGAGGAAGUCGAUACGGAGAUCAUCAAACAGGACGCGGAGAAUUCGGAUCCCGCUUACUGGGUCAAGCUGCUGCGACAUCACUACGAGCAGCACCAGGAAGAUCUCUCGCGAACGCUGGGCAAAGGAAAGCGUGUCCGCAAGCAGGUUAACUACACUGAUGGAGGAGUGGUACAAGCUGAUCCGGUCAAAGAAGAUUCUACCUGGCAGGAGAAUGUUUCGGAUUAUAAUUCGGACUACUCCGGAAAUUCCGAUGACCAGGGCGAUGAGGAUGAUGAGGACGGAGAUUUGAACCGUCGUAGCAAGAGGAGAAUCGAGCGCAAUCAAGCCGAGAAAGAUAAUCGUCCUCUACCGCCGUUGUUGGCACGAGUCGGUGGUAACAUCGAGGUCCUAGGCUUCAACGCUCGCCAAAGGAAGAGUUUCCUGAAUGCGAUCAUGCGCUACGGAAUGCCUCCACAGGAUGCUUUCAACUCACAGUGGUUGGUACGGGAUUUGCGAGGCAAAUCCGAGCGAAACUUCAAGGCAUACGUUUCACUCUUUAUGAGACAUCUGUGCGAACCGGGUGCGGAUAACGCGGAAACCUUUGCCGAUGGAGUACCACGGGAAGGUCUUAGCCGGCAGCAUGUGCUGACUAGAAUCGGUGUCAUGUCCUUGAUCCGGAAGAAGGUGCAAGAAUUUGAGCACAUCAAUGGGUACUACAGUAUGCCGGAGUUAAUCAAGAGGCCGUGCGAGCCGGUCAAGUCUGCAAUAGGAGAUGCUAGCAGUGAGACACCGAAGUCGGCAACGACCAGCACGAGUGCUACUCCGGCGACCAGCGCUGCUCCUAGCCCAGCUCCGACGCCAGUCGAUAAAGAGGACGAUACUAGUACUUCAGCGGAAGAUAAGGAGAAGAAGGAGGUGGCGGAAGAUAAAAAAGAAGACGUAAAGAAGGAAGGAUCGGAAGUUGCAGGAGACAAGCCGGAUGGGGAUAAGAAGGCUGAAGAAAAGUCUGAAUCUGUAGAGGUGAAAUCCGAGGAGGAUGUGAAGAAAGAAGGAGAAUCCUCGGAUGAGAAGAAGUCGGAGGGUGAUGAUGUCAAAUCGGAAGAUUCCAAGGACGAAACCAAGGCUGAUAAGCCUAAGGAGGAAGAUAGCAAGAGCGAAGCUCCCGCCUUGGUCGAAGCCAAGAAGGAAGAAAUCGAUGACGAUGAUGUCAAGAUCACAUCGGACAAGAAGGAAGAGGACAAACCAAUCGCGAUUGACGACGAUGAUGAUGAUGUUGUUAUCGUCAAAGAUGAUGACGAAGAUAUCAAGAAACCGCCCGGUAAGGCGGAACAAAUUGAAGUUCACAAGCGGCAGUUUAUGUUCAACAUUGCCGAUGGAGGAUUCACGGAACUGCACACUCUUUGGAUCAACGAAGAGAAGGCAGCCGUUCCCGGAAGGGAGUACGAAAUCUGGCACCGCCGUCACGAUUACUGGCUGUUGGCCGGUAUUGUCACUCACGGCUACGGUCGCUGGCAAGAUAUUCAGAACGAUAUCCGGUUCGCAAUCAUCAACGAGCCCUUCAAGAUGGAUGUCGGCAAGGGUAACUUCCUGGAAAUCAAGAACAAAUUCCUCGCUCGUCGCUUCAAGCUUCUGGAACAGUCCCUGGUCAUCGAGGAACAGCUUCGACGCGCUGCAGUUUUGAAUCUGGCCCAGGAUGCCAGCCAUCCGGCAAUGGCCCUGAAUGCUCGCUUCGCCGAAGUCGAGUGCCUCGCCGAAUCCCAUCAGCAUUUGAGCAAGGAAUCUCUGGCCGGAAACAAACCGGCCAAUGCCGUCUUGCACAAGGUUCUGAAUCAGCUGGAGGAGCUUUUGUCGGACAUGAAGAGCGAUGUUUCCCGUCUACCGGCCACCCUGGCCCGCAUUCCACCCGUUGCUCAACGGCUGCAGAUGUCCGAACGGUCGAUCCUGUCCCGGCUGGCGGCCACUGGAAACACCGUACAGCCAAAUCCUCCCCUUACGCAGUUCCCGGCCGGCUUCCAAGGGACAAGCUUACCUGGAUUUGCGGCGGCAGCUGCCGCAGCGGCAAACUUUGCCAACUUCCGACCGACGUUCUCGGUACCGGGACAACCAACGCCGAGCUACCCCAGCGGCUCCGGAACGUCCAAAUAAAUCGCUCCCGGCGAACAGGAUAAGAAAGAAAGUUCAUUCUACCCAUUCGCUUACGAUUUUAGUUGUAUACUAAUUAUUAUGUAUGUGUAUUACGAUAUAUUGUAGGUUUAGAUUUUAGAUUCCUUCCUCUGUGUUCUAUCCUUUGACCUCUUUUUUUCCCUUUGUGUGACCCUAAGGGAAGAUCUCCUUGAGCACUGUUUCCUUUUUCGUUCCCAAUCUGCUCCCCGUAAAAGUUUGAAUCUAAUGUGAAAACUUCUUUUUUGUGAAGAUUUUUUUUUAUUUAUACUCUUCCACCCACACGACAUCCCCCAAUUGAAUGAAAUGAGCAGAAAAUAAUACAAAAGUUAUUAAAUUGGUCAAAAACAAACUACGUUUUACGAUUAAGAUGACUUAGUUGAGUGAUAACACUAGAAUUAUCAAACCAUACAGAUUAAAGUAUAAACGGAUCCAAUUUGAAAAUCAA